GCGUGCAGCAGAGGAGGCUGGAAGCCAGGAGCUAAAAAGGGAAAGAGGCAGGCGGUUCUUCCAGUGACAUCCGGGGCCCUGCUCCCAUCUCGGAUUAUAAAUGCAGCAUGGAGCCUUCACGGAUCCCCUUCCAGACUUGGAGCAACAGGAGCGGAGAUCAUCAUGGCACCAGCUAAGAGAGGCAUUCUGGAGCGCCUGGAUGCUGGAGAGGUGGUGAUCGGGGACGGAGGUUUUGUCUUCGCCUUGGAGAAGAGAGGUUACGUCAAAGCGGGACCGUGGACUCCAGAAGCGGCUGCAGAACACCCAGAGGCGGUGCGCCAGCUGCACAGGGAGUUCCUGAGAGCUGGCUCCAACGUCAUGCAGACCUUCACCUUUUACGCCAGCGACGAUAAACUGGAGAACAGGGGCCACACUCAGCGCUUCACCGGGCAGCAAAUCAACGAGGCGGCCUGCGACCUGGCCAGGGAGGUGGCUGAUGAAGGUGAUGCUCUGGUGGGAGGGGGCGUGUCCCAGACUCCCUCCUACCUCAGCUGUAAGAGCGAGGAUGACGUCAAGGCCAUCUUCAAGAAGCAGAUUGACGUUUAUGUCCAGAAAAAUGUGGACUUCUUGAUCGCAGAGUACUUUGAGCAUGUGGAAGAGGCCGAGUGGGCAGUCCAGGUGUUAAAGAGCACCGGGAAGCCUGUGGCUGCAACCAUGUGUAUCGGACCUGAAGGGGACCUGAACGGAGUCGGUCCUGGAGACUGUGCAGUCAGACUCGUCAAGGCUGGGGCUCAGAUUGUUGGCAUUAACUGCCACUUUGACCCGGAGACCUGCGUGAAGACUGUGAAGCUGAUGAAGGAGGGCGUGGAGAAGGCCGGCCUGAAGGCCCACUACAUGUGCCAGCCACUGGCGUACCACACCCCCGACUGCAACCGCCAGGGGUUCAUUGAUCUGCCCGAGUUCCCCUUCGGUCUAGAGCCCAGGAUCCUGACCAGAUGGGACAUGCAUAAAUACGCGCGGGAUGCAUACAACGCUGGCAUUCGCUACAUUGGUGGCUGUUGUGGGUUUGAACCCUAUCACAUUCGCGCUGUGUCUGAGGAGCUGGCGUCGGAGCGUGGUUUCCUGCCUACCGGUUCUGAGAAACACGGCAGCUGGGGAGAAGGCUUGCUGAUGCAUACCAAGCCGUGGGUCAGAGCUAGGGCCCGUCGUGACUACUGGGAGAAGCUGAAGCCUGCAUCUGGACGUCCAUUCUGUCCAUCCAUGUCUGCACCUGAUGGCUGGGGUGUCACCAAAGGCCACGCCUACCUGAUGCAACAGAAGGAGGCCACCUCUGAGGAGCAGUUGAAGGUUCUUGUUGAUGAAGCCACUCAAGACCACUGAAGCAAGCCUCAGAAGUGCAGAUGAAACCAAAGAGUGACGUUAAAAACCAAAGGGACGUUCUGUUAGGACCUUGUGUGCUCGGUGUGGAACUCUGUUGGCAUCAAAACGGUCCUCCCUACUCAACCAGAGAUGAAAGUCCAAUAUUGUCUUAAUUGUACACGUUAUUUGAAUCCUAGUUACAAAGCUCACGUUUGAAACUGCGCCUUAACACUCCACAGGUGCCAGAUGUUGCAUUAAGUGAUUAAAUAAAACAUUCAAUUAAAAGAAACACAAA